UCUGACAAUUUGUAUCGCUCUCGUUAGUGUAUCGUAUUCACUAGGGUGCCAAUGUUCCAAUGAUUUGAGGUUGACUUUCUCAGGCUUGCAAGUCGCAUGCUAUGCUAGCGAACAGUCAUAUUCACUCGCUACAGCCCCUGACGUAAAAUUGCCGACUGCAGAUAUUUCCGCAAUGUAUACUCUUGUAAUGCGAGAUGUAGAUGCGCCAGGAGGCAAUUGGUUAAACUGGCUAAAAGGAAAUAUCCCUGGCGAUAGCCUUUUGUAUGGUCCUAGUGGCGGUGUUGACAUUGGAGGAUUUUCGUAUAUGAAACCAAGUCCACCUACUCCAAAUCAAUUCGAAACGCUCAUUUAUAAACAACCAAGCACUUCCACACCAUUUGUCUCAACAUCCAGCCGAUUAUCUUUUGAUCUUGACAGUUUUGUGGCAGCGAACGGAUUGGGUGGUGUAAUUGCUUCUCAUUGUUUCGUUGUAUAUCCAUAACAUUGUGAUUAACAAUAUUAGAACAUGCCCGUAUUACAAAAUGUCGGCAUACCAAUAAAAUAAUUAAACGUG